UGGCUGAAGUAGCCUGGGGACAGGACAGCAGCGGGAACAGAAGGACGGGCAGGAGGACAGAGGUCCUCACCUGUCAAAAUGCCUAUCCUGAAGAACCUGGGAGUGUCAGACCCUAAGGUGCCCCGGGCGGGGACCCUGCCCCUGAGGUCCUCUCGGAACCCCUUUGAAGAAGUUUCAGGGCUGGAGGAAGAAGAGGCCGGGGAGCUGGGGUCCCUCCCCAAUGGAACAUCUUGUCGCCGCCGCGCCACCCUGGAGAAGCUUGCAGGCCUGGCUCCCUUCCGUCUGGGCUGGGCCCCGGGCCGGCGGGCAGGCAGCCCCGGGGAUGGGCAGUCCCGCUCUUUCCUGGGCCGUGUGCUGGUACCAGGGAUACGCAGGAGCUCAGCAGAUUUUGGCCUCCUGGCCCGGCUACAUGGGACCCGAGCCCAUGGCGACGAGGAGGCAGCAGGGGAGGCUGCCCGGAGACUGGCCUUCCUGAGACUCGGGCGUGGAUCCAAGCCCCAGCGUGCGUCCCUGGCUGAGAGAGUGGUGCCUGCAGGCGAGGCAGCUCCAGAGCCCCCACCCAAGGUCCCAGAGCCCCCAAAGAUGAAGGAGCCAUUGUCAGCUCCAGCCCGUUACUACUGCCGUCCUAACUCCUGUCAUCAACCUUCUUCUUCAGAGCCACCUGUUAAAAUAUGCCCACCCUCAAUCUUUGCCUCCUCCACCUGCCGUCUUCAGCCCUACUCCCACGUCUAA